AUGACUAGAGGAGAAAAAAGGGAUGAGGAACCAGAUCAAGGAAAUAUCGACACAUCUGAUCCUCAAGGGGCCACCAGUGCGCACAGUGAUAAAGUGGAGGAGCUGACUGCUCUCGUGAAAGCAUUGAUCGAGAAGCAGGAUGCUAGAGACAAAAAGCAUGAUAAAGAUCAGCUUCAACAGGAGCAACGGUGGAAGACCAUGCAACGGCAGGUCCAGCGGGUCCAGCAGCAGCAAUAUGGAAGGUCCGAGCACUUUGAGUUGGAUGUGCGAGGACAAAUGGACACACCUUUUGACGACGGCCCAGAAGAGACGCCACAGGAGCUGUACGUACACCUCAGGGACUUGUUGAACCGUUGGCUCCAACCUGGGAAGGCGUAUGAAGAGAAGAUUUGGGAGAAGCUCAUCCUGGAGCAGUUUCUCCGAAUGGUUGACCCCGAGCUUGAAGGGGGCGCACCACACCUGUGCUAG